GAAUUCGAAACGAACUCAGUCUAUUCCCGUCGUAUAAAUCUACGGCCGGCGCGUGAUUAACAACACCUGCACGCGCAAGAUCUAGGACGGCCAUGGCUGUCACGGGGCAGCCUGGCGCGAUGGCGCGGUUGCGGCAGUGGGUGCUGGCCAACUUCGCCUCGUCGUGGUUCCUCCUGGCGCCGCUGCUGGCGGCGUACGCGCCGCGGCGGCUGUUCCUGACCUACUUCAACGUCUUCCUCCGGCGCCACGCACGCCGCGUCCUCACCGUCGUCGAUCCCUACGUGAACCUCGACAUCUCGGAGAAGCCAGCCGCCUACCCGUGGUCCUUGAGGAAACAGCCCGCGGGCGCGCGCGACAGCACCUUCGAGGAGGUGAAGGCGUACCUGAGCGCCGCGUGCUCGCAGGACGCCAGCGAGCUCCGCGCCGAGGGCGCCGAGGAGGGCGACGGCCUCGUCAUCAGCAUGCGCGACGGCCAGGACGUGUCCGACGAGUUCCGGGGCGCCACGUUCAUGUGGUCGUCCGUGACGGACGAGGCGUCGUCGCAGGGGGUCGAGGGGCCGCAGAACAGCAGCCGCCGGCGCGAGGUGCAGCGCCUCACGUUCCACAAACGCCACCGCCGGCUCGUGAUCGACGAGUACCUGCCGCACGUCCGCCGGCGAGGCCGCGAGGUCCUCUUCGGCAACCGCCGCCGCAGGCUGUACAGCAACAACAGGAUCUCGGAGUACUCGUGCUACGACGACGACAACGCGUGGAGCUUCGUCAACUUCGACCACCCGACGACGUUCGAGACGCUGGCCAUGGACCCGGCCAAGAAGAAGAAGAUCAUGGACGACCUCGACGCGUUCCGGAACAACAGGGACUUCUACCGGCGCACCGGCAAGCCAUGGAAGCGGGGGUACCUGCUCUACGGCCCGCCGGGCACGGGCAAGUCCACCAUGAUCGCGGCCAUCGCCAACCACCUCAACUACGACAUCUACAACGUCGAGCUCACCAUCGUGAACAACAACGACGACCUCCGCAAGCUCCUCAUCCAGACAACCAGUAUGUCCGUCAUCGUCAUCGAGGACAUCGACUGCUCCCUGGACCUGACGGGCGACCGGAGGUCCAGGAAGAAGAAUCGAUCCCGUAGAGAGAGCAAUGUGACGCUGUCCGGCCUGCUUAACUUCAUCGACGGGCUGUGGUCAGCUUGCGGCGGCGAGCGGAUCGUCGUCUUCACGACCAACCACGUGGACUGGCUCGACCCGGCGCUCAUCCGGCGGGGCCGGAUGGACAUGCACAUCGAGAUGUCCUACUGCGGCUUCGAGGCGUUCAAGACCCUGGCCAAGAACUACCUCGGCAUCGACGCGCACCCGCUGUUCGGCGCCGUCGAGGAGCUGCUCAGGGAGGUGGACAUCACGCCAGCCGACGUCGCCGAGUGCCUCAUGACAGCCAAGAACGCCGGCUCCGAAGAGGAUGCCAGUCUUGAGUACCUGAUCGAGGCGCUGAAGUGGAAAAGGGAAGAUGCCAAGGCUUCGGCCGAGGCAAACGCGGACGCGGCCAAAACGGACAACGAUGAAGCCGUCAAAGAAGACGAUGAGCAAAAUUUAGAAGAUUCAGGAGAAAAGGAUGAAGAUUCGGAGUCCUCGGAAGAAUCUGAUGACGAGUAGUCAUACAUACGUAUACACCAACAAACAAUUGACUAAAGUUUUUUUUUUUUUUUUGAUAGAGUUGCAGUUAUCUGAAGAUGGUUGCUCUGUCAGAACUUUAGAUAGUGUCUUUAAACAAUCGUUUAUAGUUUUUCGAGCAACACACUUGUGUUUGUUUCAUUCAUCACCAGUCCAGGUAGCUUGAUCGCGAUCAACCAAGCUGGUUAUAGUACAGACCCCGGGAGGGAUCAAGAUUCAAGCCACACACAACCUAGAGCUUUACUCGCCGUGAUCCAUCUGGACAUCUGGUGCCUUCUCUUUGUAAGGAGAAAACUUUGUUCA